ACAAAAGUUUUGAAAUCGGAUUCAGAUCCAAAUCUGAAAUCUCGCUCACCAAUUCUUCUCUUCUCUCUCUCUCUGCUCGGCAGCUAUGGGGUUCCCGGCCAACGGAGUAGACAAGAAGCCUCUGAAGUUCCUGAUCUAUGGCCGCACUGGCUGGAUUGGCGGCUUCCUCGGCAAGCUCUGCGAGUCUCAGGGUCUCGACUUCGUCUACGGCUCCGGCCGCCUCGAGAACCGCGCCUCCCUCGAGGCUGACAUCGCCGCCGUCAAUCCGACUCACGUCUUCAACGCCGCCGGCGUCACCGGCCGCCCAAACGUCGACUGGUGUGAGUCCCACAAGGUCGAGACUAUCCGCACCAACGUCGUCGGAACCCUCACGCUCGCUGACGUCUGCAGAGAGAAAGGCCUGAUUCUCAUCAACUAUGCCACUGGAUGCAUCUUCGAGUACGAUUCCGGUCAUCCCCUCGGGUCCGGAGUCGGAUUCAAGGAGGAGGAUUCGCCGAAUUUCAUCGGAUCGUUCUAUUCCAAGACCAAGGCUAUGGUUGAGAAUCUGCUCAAGAACUAUGAAAAUGUUUGUACUUUGCGUGUUAGAAUGCCUAUUUCAUCAGAUUUGUUGAACCCUCGCAACUUCAUCACGAAGAUCACUCGGUACGAAAAGGUUGUCAACAUCCCGAACUCCAUGACGAUCUUGGACGAACUCCUGCCCAUUUCUAUUGAGAUGGCAAAGAGAAAUCUGACUGGAAUUUGGAACUUCACGAACCCUGGAGUGGUCAGCCACAACGAGAUCCUGGAGAUGUACCAUGACUACAUUGACCCAAACUUCACAUGGAAAAAUUUCACUCUUGAGGAGCAAGCUAAGGUGAUCGUUGCCCCUCGAAGCAACAACGAGCUUGACGCCACAAAAUUGAACAAAGAAUUCCCUGAACUCUUGCCCAUCAAGGAAUCCCUCAUUAAGUAUGUUUUCGAGCCAAAUCAGAAGACUGCCAAAGCUUGAAACUUUUUUAGGUUUGAACUUUUCGGUUUCCCUAUUGCUAUUUAUUCGAUUCAAGUUCAAGAGCUCGAUACGAUUUCUCCACUAUACCACCUAUCUUUCCCUUGUGGCAUAUGUGCAAUUGGCCCUACUUGUAUUUGAAUGUUAUAACUUCAGUCAAACGAAUAAACUAGUUGGAAAGUGAUUUAUUAAUUUGAAAUUUUGUAAGUUUCGGUGGUGUUGUAAGUUGUACGGGAAUGUCAUAUAUUGUGAUCUCUGGCCUUUUAUUAAUCUGCUUGUUUUAUGUACUAUUAUUUUUGGUCAUUGGCCUAUUGUCAAGACGGAUCAAUAAACGUGCCCUUUCUCGAUGGAAUAACUUGUAUUGAUUGUUGAACAAUUUCUUCA